AUCCACUAGCUGGGAGUCGUGCAUUGGAAAAUCACGCUUUGGCGGCUUCACAAAGGUGGAAUAUUAAUUCAACUCAAUGCAAGUCUUUGGUCGUUCUCAAAGAAUGACUGGGAACAAUUCGGGAGGGUCAGGUGGCAGAUUUUCUCAGCGCCCAGUUGAGCAUUUCUCCUCCCUCCCCUACCUUUCCCCCCAACCACCAUAGCCUUCAUUAAUUGUACUUCACUGUGCCGACUACGAAUGCAGCACCUUGUCCUCAUGUUGGGAUGUACAUGAAGGUCCUUGGACCGUUUGUUCUUAGGGCUGACUGAAUGGUCUAUCGGAUAGUCCUGUCAGUCAACGCACCGCUGUCAUCGCCCCCGCCGUUGAAGACCUUUGCGAUGCUAUAAAGCCAACUAUUGGUCCCUAUAUCUUUGUUCAUACUAGUGCAUGGUCGUUGGGACGUUCAAGGCACCGUCUGGCACCCGCCACGGAAACAAGAAGGCUUUGUGUAUUGGCAUCGACUACUCGCUGUUGAUACAACCCGAAUGCCCCCAGUUGGUGGGACCACACAACGACGCGAGGGAUUUCGGAGUAUUUCUCGAGCAAUCCCGGGGUUAUCAGCAUGUUGUUGUCAUGGUAGACGAUCCAGACAUCCCAGAGCAUCUCCAUCCCACCCGCGAUAACAUUGUUCGGGAGAUGGGGAGUCUUGUUCAUGACGCUGGUCCGAAUGAUAGUCUCGUCUUCGUGUAUGCCGGCCAUAUCGAUCAGGUCAAAGCGAAGGUCGACAAGAACGAGGCAGAUGGUAUGGAUGAGGCGAUAGUACCAAUGGAUCAUACACACGACCAGUCUCGAUUGUUAUUGGACGAUGACGUUCGGAGGCUCAUCGUCAACCCGCUCCUUGACAAAGGUGCUAGAUUGACGGCUAUCAUUGAUAGUUGCCAUUCUGGAACUUUGUUGGAUCUUGAUCACGACAAAUGCAACAACAUGGCAAUUGCACAGGCUUAUAAAGCUCGAGCCCGCUGGAUUCGUGCCGCUCGCAUGCUUCACUACGUGACCGUCUUCUUUCGUGGUCGUUUCAUCCAAGGGGAACAGAUAGAGGGGCGAACUGUCAUGGCUCGUGAAAUUGCCAUAUAUGUGGGUCCGUCAGAGCCAGGCUCUUCCAGCACUGUCACCCUCAAGAGCAAGGUGCCAGCGUUUCCUUCGGCCCACUUUCAACCUAUUACACCUCUUCCCGACAAGUCUCUACCGCAGACCACAAUGACACUGUACCGUCCGCAGGUGAUAUCAGCGGUCCUACCUCCCUUUCAACCACUCUACCUAAGUAAUCCUUCUCAACCUGGUACCUGCUCCGGUCAUUGUGUCGGCUGUUCGAUGACUGAACCGAAUGUGGUCUCGAUAAGUGCGUGCCAUGAUGGAGAAAUAAUUUUUGAAGAUGCAAAAGGACGGUCGCUAUGUCAGGCUUUACUCAAGAUCCUUCAUGAAACACCGGAGCUCUCUUACUAUGAACUCAUAGCUUCCCUUCGGUAUCGUGUCCGCCGGACCGUUUCCAAGCUUCAUGAAUUUCAUCAUGCUAAUGGCACUUGUGCGGAGAUACUUUCUCGCAGAUCGUCUGGAAAAGAAAAUGAAUCCCGUGAGGAGGUCUUCACCCCCAGUCGAUGCAGAGCAUCGACAAUGGAGGCCUGCUUUUGGGAUCCUCAGAUAUGCAGUCAGACACCAGUAGACGUGAAGGCGACAUUCCGCCUCUGACGCCUCUGACGACGCCGCUUGCGCAUGUGCUUUUCAUUGUUCUUCAGCUGUCUUCUCUCGAUUUUCUCGAUUUUCUCAACAUUCUUCAAUCCGGCCCAAUUGAGCGCUAAUAUCCUCGCUUCGGACGCUUAAUGUCAAUUCUGUCUGUUCUUCCUGCUUAGAUAUCUGUCAUGACGAACCCUUCAUGGUCUCUUUUAUUCAGUGGCUCGUACCUUGCACUACAUGCUCUAUGAUUUCGCUAACGCCCUAUUACCAAUCUUGUAUUCUCAUGGACAAAACAUCUUUUGGAAUAUAUCGCAUGAAAUAUC